CCUGCGCAGCCUGCGGAGCGGUCUCGUCUCGCGUGGUCCAGGGAGGGGUCCCGCCCGUAACCUUGCUACCGCAGCUCUGUUAGUGUCGACGGAGACCUGGACGCAAGCUGACGGCCCGAGCCGAGCGGACGCUCAGGAUCACCCUUGUCUCUUCGAGCGGCGUUGGCAGACGUUGUCUGGCGCGCGCGAGAGGAGGCUGCGUGGGCCAUGAGGUGCUCCUGACGGCACGACGAGUAGGGACGCGCCCGGACCAGACCGGACCUCGGCCAUGUCCGCCUCCUCCUCGUCCGUGCGCUCGGCCGCGAGCCAGUCGCUGGCGGCGCUCGCCGUGUUCCUCAUCAACAUCACGAGCGGCAUGGGCGUCGGCUGGUCCUCGCCGGGCUGGAGCAAGCUCACCGAGCCGGACGCCGGCGGCCACGCCGGCCCAGGCUUCCUCCUCGACCUGGACGAAGCGUCGUGGGUCGUGGCCAUCUACGACGUGGGCAUCCCCGUGGGUUCGGUGCUCGCGGGGGUGCUGCUGAGCUCGGCCGGGCGCCGGCGCACGCUCAUGCUCGCGCCCCUGCUCGUUCUAUGCUCGAGCGCGCUCACGGCCGCGGCGCGCUCCUCCGCGGCACUCAACGCGGCGCGAGUCCUCCUCGGCGUGAGCUUCGGCCUAGACCUGUCGUGCAGCAGCCUCUACAUCGGCGAGAUGGCGAGCAGCGACAUGCGCGGCAAGCUGUGCACCUUCACGACCUCGCUCGUGUUCGUCGGCGUGCUGCUCGAGUUCGCCGUCGGGCCGUACGUGUCGUACUUCGCGCAGGCGCUGCUGCCCGUGCCCUUCGCGUUGCUCAGCCUGCUCCUCUUCCUGCUGUGGGUGCCCGAGAGCCCCUACUUCCUCGCGACGCGCGGCCGCGCCGAGGACAUGCGCCGCGCCCUGGCCCGCCUGCGCGGGGUGCGCGCCGGCGACAGGCAGGCCGCCGUGGACCGCGAGGCCGAGGACAUCCUGCGCGCCAUGGAGGAGGACCGGCGGCGGACGCGCGCGCUGUGGCGCCACCUGCUGUCCUCGGCGGGCAGCCGGCGCGGCUGCCUCAUCGUGCUGUUCCUGUGCGGCACCGGGCCCAUGAUCGGCACGGGCAGCCUGCUGUCCUACGCGCAGUACCUGUUCCGCACUACGGGCAGCGCCCUCUCCGCCGAGAUGUCCGCCAUCAUCAUGUGCUCCGUGCAGGUGGUGGCGGGCGUCGCCUCCUCGCAGGUGAUCGACCGCGCCGGGCGGCGGCCACUGCUGCUGGUGUCCGCGCUGUGCAACGCCACCGCCAUGGCCGCGGCCGGCGCCUUCUUCUUCCUCAGGGACGUGCUCGGCGAGGGCGACGCGGCGGCGCGCCUCACCUGGCUCCCCCUCGCGUCCCUCAUGGUCUUCAUGGUGUCGACCAACCUGGGCACCACCACCGUGCCCUGGGUCAUGAUCGGCGAGCUGCUGCCGCACCAGACCAAGGCCUUCGUGCCGAGCCUGUCCGUCCUCGGCUUCUCCGUCGUCGCCUUCGGCACCAACAAGCUCCUGCCAGUGCUGGGCGAGCGCGUCGGGCUGUUCCUGCCCUUCUGGCUCUUUGGCGCCUGGUCCAUCGUCGUCUUCUUCUUCACCUUGUUCCUGGUGCCGGAGACGCGCGGCAAGACGCUGCUCGAGGUGCAGGCCGUGCUGCAGGGCGACAAGGCGCUGCCCAAGGACGCCGCCGCUCUGGACCCCGAGGACGGGCGGGAGCCUGGGAGGUGGUGACCGCGAACGUGAAUCCCAUGGACAGAAGAGAGCGUUUAAAGUAUUAUUAGUAAUUAUUUUAGUAUGUAAUACCAGGUGGCUGAGUAACCAAGUUCACUUCUGUAGUUCUUUUGUACUGCAUUCAAGAGUCCGAGUGGGCUUGCCUAUCGCCCCUCUCCAAGCGCCUUACGGGUCGAGCGAGUAGGCAACCCGCUCGUCGGUCGUGCGUUACAGAGGAUAUCUCUUUAGCGCUGUUCGAGUGAGCGAGCGAGCGAGCGGGCGGCAGCGGGAGGGUAAAAGAGCAUGCUAAAGGUAUUUUUAGGCGAAAAUGAGUGAACCUAGGUGUUAUUUCGAAUGGAAGAAGUGCAAAGCAUUGUUAUUCUGUAAAAAUAUUGAUGCCUUUGGAGCAAGCCUCGAAGAUUAACAUUUACGUGAGGCAGUUUGAGCAAUCUUCUUUGGCUACAUGGUGGCUUUUAUUCUGGCUGAGAUUUGUUUGUACUUCUUUCCUUUUUCAAAAAUGUAUUUUGUUCACUCAGUUUGCCCUUAAAAUACUGAUAAUUUACUCUUUUACCCUCCCACUCCCGCUCGCUCGCUCGCUCGCCCGCUCGACCAACGCUAAAGAGAUAUCCUCACAGUAUAAACUACAGAAGUGAGUCGGGUCAAUCAGCCAGCUGCUGCUGUAGCAGUUCAACUGUUAUAAUGUAAGAUAUAGUAUCUUAAGUGUAUUUUUAUACGGCCCCUUUGUGGCUGUUUCUACCCGAAGGUAAAAGUUGCCAUAAUUAUGAUAAAGAUUGAUGGUUCCCGCUCCAGCCUUGAUAAAGAUAGUCGAUUAACCAUCCAGUUUUGAUAAGCCUAUUGACGUUGAUAAUGAUCUGUUUGCCGUCACUAUUCUCUACAGGGGCAGGCGUUUUCCGUUGUUUGUGCCCAGUGUUUAUAUUUAUAAAUAAAUGAUAUUUUUGUAUGUUGUAUAUAAUUUUAUAUGAUGGUUGUAAGGAUUUCAUUCCUCAGGCGUUACCCGAAAAAAGUGUAUCAAUAAAUACCAUGAGCCAGAUGGAA